AUGCCAGGCACUCGUCCCAGAUUUCCCACCAUGCCCACCUUGCUCGGCUCGCUGCCCGGGGGCAUCAGCCCUCCCAGUUUACCCAGAGGCAUCACGAUGCCCAGUCUCCCCACUUUACCCAGUUUACCCAGCAUGCCCCGAGGCGUGACCAUACCCAGCCUGCCAAGGGGGAUGUUGCUGCCGAGGGCUGUCGCCAUGCCGACCGUAUCCCGGGCUCAUCGGAGGCUGCUGCAGGACUGCUGCUCUGUGCUGGACCAUCAGAUGCCUGGAGGUCUGUGUGGUUGCUGCUGGGCGUUGCGUCCUCGCUACAAGCGGCUGGUGGACAAUAUUUUCCCCGAAGACCCCGAGGAUGGGCUGGUGAAAGCCAACAUGGAGAAGCUGACAUUCUUCGCUCUGUCGGCCCCGGAGAAACUGGACCGCAUUGCAGCCUACCUGUCAGAGCGCCUGACCAGAGAGCUGAACCGUCACCGCUACGGGUACGUGUGCAUAGCGAUGGAGGCCUUGGAGCAGCUGCUGCUGGCCUGUCACUGCCAGAGCAUCAACCUGCUGGUGGAGAGUUUUCUCAGCACGCUGCGUCUGCUGCUGGAGGCCGACAAACCGCACCUCCACAUCCUCGCCACCAGCUCUUUUGUGAAGUUUGCGAACAUCGAAGAGGACACGCCGUCUUAUCAUCGCAGCUACGACUUCUUCGUGUCUCGCUUCAGCGAGAUGUGUCACUCCGAACACGAAGACUCCGACGUCCAGAACAAUGAGUCUCCAGCAGAGCAGACUGAGGUGUGUUUCAGGGAACUGUUGGGCCGAGCUGCUUAUGGACACAUUAACAACGCUAUCAGACCUGUUCUCAUGCACCUGGACAGUCACAGUCUUUGGGAAGGACGAGGUUUUGCUGUUCGAUGUUUUCAGAUCAUCAUGUACUCUAUCCAGUCCCAGCAUUCUCACCUGGUGAUCCAGCAGCUGUUGGGUCACCUGGACGCCAACAGCCGGAGUCCGGCUUCAGUCAGAGCCGGGAUCGUGGAGGUCCUGUCUGAGGCUGCUGUUAUAGAAGCCACCGGGUCCGUCGGUCCCACGGUACUCGAGGUGUUCAACACGUUACUGCGACAGCUCAGGCAGAGCGUCGACUACCAGCUGACCGGUUACUAUGACAACGCAGGAAAACGCGGAACCACCUCGACUGAGGAGGAAACACUGCAGGACGCUGUCAUCAAAACUAUCGGAUCCUUCGCCAACACGCUUCCUGUCUACCAGAGGUCAGAGGUCAUGCUGUUCAUCAUGGGGAAGAUCCCUGUUCCUGGUAUCUACCCUGCCCUGGGGUCACCCAAUGCUGGGUUUGAAGGCAGCAGAAUGAUCCAGGUGAUGUUGUUGAAGUCUCUUCUUCAGGUGUCAGAGCGGUAUGAAAGCAGCAACCUGUUGACGGCGCUGCCCUCGUCCUUCCUGGAGCCCCUGCUCUCCUUCACUCUGAUGGAGGACCCCGAGAUCCGUCUGCUGGUCCUCUCCAUCCUCACCUCGCUCAUCGACCGGCGCCACAACGCCGCCAGACUCAGCACAGCCAGCGCGGCGUUCGAUGUCUCGGUGUUGGAGCUGAAGGGGGACAGGUGCUCUCGACAGGACAACCUGUUCACGAGGAAGCAUGCUCAGCGCCUCUACAGGCACGUCUACCUGGCCUGCAAGGAGGAGAGCAGCGGGCGGGGCCACUAUCAGGCUCUCUUCACCCUACUGGCCGUCCUGACUGUGGAACUGGCCACCGAGGAGGUGGUGGUGGACCUGAUCCGAUUGGUCCUGGCUCUGCAGGAGCUGGCGUUGUCCAAUCAGGAGUAUCUGUCGGUCUUUAACCGCUGUGGCGUCCACGCCGUCUGUGCCGCCUUCCUGCAGCUGCUGUCCCAGCUCGGCCCGCCUGCAGCGCUGCACCAACACGUCACGCAGGUCAUAGAGAGUCGUCAGAAGGAGGCGCCACACCUGCUGCCUGAAGACGUCCUCUGUGACAAACCCAGACUGCCAGAAGGUGAGCUGAAGUUGGACGAAGCCCUUCUGUUUGUCCAAUCAAAGAUCUGCGAGGCUCUGAUGGGAAGCAGCUACGGCGCGCACGCCGAACGCUUCAACACAGUGUACACACCUCAGCUAACAGAUGAGGAUCGUCUGUCUAAGAGGAAGAGUAUUGGAGACGUCGUCUCCCUGCAGAUGGACGUGGACCCUUGGAACUGUCCUGAUGCACAGCAGAAACCUCAGACAGAGCAGAUCACCUUUGAGACGCUGAAGAACGCCAUUGAGGACAGAGGGAGUGUGGAGGAGGAGGAGAGGAGGAAGAGGAUGCAGGUGGUGGAGAGGUUUCAGACGGCUCCAUUUGAGGAAAUCGCUGCCCACUGUGGAGCCAGGACCUCGUUGCUUCAGUCUAAACUGGAUCAGGUCUUUGAUCUGAUCAUACGUCCUCCCCCGUCUCCGUCCGGACACGCGCCGCCUCGCUCCACGCCGCUCUACGAGAUGAAGUUUCCUGACCUGUGCGUCUAUUAGACGCACACACACAUUCAGCAAUAGCUCACCAGCUGUUUUUCUGUUAAAGCGCUUUCCUUACUGUGGCGUGUUAGGAGAGGACACAAGGAGGUAGGGAAGGAAAGAAGGAGGUAGGGGAGGAGUCGUCACAUCAACACUGGUUAGUUUAAAUGAAAAUACGUAACAUGAAUUAGGAUUUUUUCGCUAAUUUUAUCUCAGAGGAUGUUUUUUGUCUAGAAGUCAGAUUUUUUUUUGAUUCAAAUGAGAAGUUGAUUGAUUGAUUGAGUGAUUGAUUUCUGAUUCCUGUUAAAAACAAACCUUUGUUCAUCAUCCAGCCCUUUUUGUUUUUUUGUUUUCUGUUUUUAAAGUGUGUGUGAGUUUUGUCACUGUUCUCCCUCAGUUUGAUCAUCAGAGGUGAAUCUGUA